UCUCUCUCUCUCACACACACACUCUAAAGCUCCACAUUGGCCAUAGGCACUGGUCCUAAGAAAGGCAGGGCUUUAAUAAAACACCAUCAAUCAGAGUCGAGGGUGUGUCCCAUACACACUUCAUGAUGAACUGAGCUUUCGUUCCUUCUGACUCACUCCAUCGCUUCUGUCCUCUUCUCUUCUCUCUGGUUCUCAGAGUAAAGCGACUCUUUGUGUUUCCUCGCAGAGGGAAAAACUUGCAGCUGCUCUUGAAAACUUUUCUCACACUGAAGCGACUGGAUAUAUCGCUGAUUUGGUCGCGAUGGGGGAUUUGAUCUCAAGCCACCUGGAUGAAGGCAAACGGGAGAUCAUUACAGCGAGGACGGCCGUAGUCCUGGACGAGUUCAGGCGUCUCUACGAGCAGCAGUACGCCGUGGCCCUUUUUAACAAGGUGCGCUAUGACGUUGAAGGAGGAGGAGGACCUCAGCCUCAGCUCCUGCACCGCAAGGUGCCUCUAGAGAACAAGUCCAUCUUCUCAGGGAUGCUGCUUCAGUAUAUCGAGGAAAACAAAAAAUGGAGGAAUCGUUUUCUCUUCGUCCCAGAUUCGUACACGAUCAGCUAUUAUGAAAGCAAACAGGCCCAUGAUCGAGGCCUUCAACCCAAAGGAAGUAUCAACUGUGCUGGUUACAAAGUGCUGAUCUCAAUGGAUAAGUACCUGGAGCUCCUGGACACCAGCCUUCCUGAUGUAAAAGCCAAAGUGGGCAGUUCUCCUUUCCUGAAAUGUGCUACACAGUUCCCGGUCAUCCUGUGGCACCCGUACGCACGCCAUCACUACUUCUGCGCAGCCACAGAGAAAGAGCAGGAGAAGUGGCACGCUGUGUUUCAGGAUUGCAUCCGACACACCAACAACGGCCUGUCAGAGGAAUGUAAGGUUCAGACCCCGGCGUUUACAGAUGCAGUGCGACUUUACCGCCAGGCCCACGGCCAGUACGGCACCUGGGACAUGAUGUGUGGCGUACCUCCCCAGAUCCUGGCUAACUUGGUGAUGGAGAAACUGCUUCCUGAGCUGAGAGACCUAAUCAGCCCACGCCUGAAGGGAAAGCUGCAGGAAAGGCAGAAGAACUGGACGCUGAUUUCGGACGCCGUGUACGGUCUGGUUCAGAGUCAGACGCAGUCCCAAUACGAAGCCAUAGUGCAGAGCUGUGAGGCAGGACGUCCCCCUCUGGAGGCUUCCAUACGCACGGACAUGGACCAGAUAAUCACCUCCAAGGAGCAUGUGACCAGCAAGAUCAGAGUGCUGGUGCUGCCCAAGGCUGAGAAGCUCCUGAAGGUGAGUAUCGAGCCGUACAUCAGCUCCAUCCUGGAGGCUCUGAUGGAACCCACCAGCCGAGGCUUCUUCGAGGUGCGUGAUGUUUUCUUCAGGGAGCUGGUAGAUAUGAGCAAGAACCUGCUGAACGGUGGCAGCAAAGAGAAAGUUGGAGAGUAUAUGGAGAAAGUCUCCAUGCUGGCCUUCCACCCGGUGAAAAUGCAGUGCUGCUAUGAGAAAGUGGAGCAGCUGAGUCUGGAGGGCCUGCAGCAGCGCUUCGACGUCACCAGUCCGUCCGUGUUCGUCCAGAGAGCCCAGAUCCUCAUGAGAGAGCAAAUGGACGAUGCCGUGUACACGUUCGAGCAGCUGCUUCACCAGAGUCUGGAAGGUCAAGAGGAGGAAGACCUCUGCAAAACUGUUCAGCGGUGCCAGGACCGAGUCAUCAAGAAAUAUGACUAUGAUAGCAGCACGGUGCGUAAGAAGUUCUUCAGAGAGGCUCUUUUGCAGAUCUUUAUCCCCUACAUGCUGAAACAGCUCUCUCCGUCCUGCUCUGCUGACCUUCCUCGUUUCCAAGAGCUGAUCUUUGAAGAUUUCUCCCGUUUCAUCCUGGUCGAGAACAUCUUUGAGGAGGUGGUGCUUCAGACGGUCAUGAAGGACAUCAUGAUGGCUGUGAAGGAGGCUGCCGUCCAGAGAAAACACAACCUGUACAGGGACAGCAUCGUGCUGACCAACAGCGACCCCAACCUCCAUCUGCUGGGUGAGAACCCAUCCAUCGACUGGGCAGGAGAAUAUGGAGAAAAACAGGAAGUGGACGGAGAGCACGAGGGUGAAGAAGGCGAUACAGCAGCCCAGAAGAGGCGCAGGAUGAAACAGGUGGUCUCCAUGAUCCAAGUGGAUGGACCCAACACAACGCUGCCCAACGAGUCCUGCUUGGAGGUUCCCAGUGUUCACAACAUCCCCGAAGAACAGGGUGAGGGAGAUUCUGACGCUCCGUCCUCUUCUGCAUCUGAAAAGGCAGCACCCAUUAAAGAGGAAGUAUGUGGGUCGUCGUCUAAGGAAACGGCACCUGAUUUACCCAAUGGCACUGCGCUGAAUCUUGAUAAACAGGAAGCUGCACCAAAGUCUCCACAGGACUCUGAGAGCAAGCUGGCCAUUGAGAGUGCCAUCCAGCAAAUCGAGGACGCAGUCCAAGGAGAAGAUGGCGAGCAAAGUCCAGUUGGAAUCGCCCCGGAGAAAACCGAAGUGGCCAAAGAGGAUGCAAAUGUUACAAGUCAAAAAGAGGAGCAGUUGGCACCACCUGCAAAGGAGGACAAAAUUCAAGCACCAUCCAGCACAGAAGAACCUGCAAAAGUUCAAGAAACCAUCACAAAACCAAAGCAAGAAGAGCGAACGGAUGCCGAAGAGAACUCAUCAGACUUACGCUCAGAACCCCAGCAGCACAGCACCGACACAGACAGCGGCUUCCAGUCACCAGCCAAUGAAACAGCUGAGGAGGAAGAGCCGCAGGCUGACACGGCAACGGCGGAGCCGAGACAAGACAAGCACAAUGACUCUGAAAAGGGAGGCGAGGAUGCUGCGAAGGGAACCGACACACUGACAACGCAGACAUAGGCAUCAGUAAUUUUGUUACUUAUUAUGGAAAACGCUAGAAAUGCCAGCCCACUGCUCACAGAAGUGAUAGUUUUACAGAAGAGGGUUUUUACGGUGGUUGGUUUGUUUACACAUAAAACAUCUCUCACACUUUCUUUACAGUUGAGAGUCUGUUUUUUGAUUCUUUAAAACAAAAUCAGAUCUUACCUUUUUUUCACAUUUCAAAAAAUUUUUCUUUUGCACAUAUAUGAAUUGCUGUCACUCAGAUGGGCGCGGUCAUAAAAACGUCAUAUUUGCUCAUUUUUAUGUGGAUUGUGCUGAUGAUCUAUUGCAAAGUGCUGAGAAAUUGAAUGCUUUUGCCAAUAAGACUGCUUAACCCUAUAUAACUGACUCCAUGCCUUCCUUUAUAAUAGUCCAGUAUGAUAUCGUAUGCAAUUUUUAUUGUCUUUUUUUUUCUUUUCUUUUUUUUUUUUUUUUAUACAAGUCUUGCUUAGACCCAAACUGAAAACACUGAAUUUUAUUAGAUUUUUUUUUUUUUGUAGUCCUUUUUAUAUAGUUUUAUUUCUGUUGGGCCUAACCUAUUAUUUUUUGUGAAUAUCCUGAUAUUUCCUUUACCCUAAAUGGUUGAAUCCGAGCGAAUUUAAAAUAUAAAAUCUUAUUCAGCAUUAAGUUAAAAAGUCACCUUUCUGUAUACUCAAACUAAACUCCAUUACUGUCGAAUUGUGAUAUGUAGCACGUGUUUCUGGUCUAGUCUGUGUUUCACUCCGACUGUGUUCAGGCUGAAUGCUGUGGAAACUGGAGAUUUCGAGUUCGGUGUGAUUCAACCAGAAACAUUUCUACAUUAUAGCAUAAACUGUAGUAAUACACCUGCAAGUGUUACCUUGGGGUUUGUGUUUCAAACUGAAAUGACAGUCCAAAUUGUUAAAGGGCAAAUAUGUAAUUAUUGCAUCUACCUAUUGUUUAAUAUGUUUAUUUAUUAUCUGAUGCACUUCAUUGCCUUCUUUAUGUUUCAUUUAAAAUGAUUAACAAUAAAUCAAUUCAAUUUGACACUG